AGUGAUGAACAAACUAAUGACUUCUUGGGUGAUGGUGUGCACUAUGAAAUCUCUUCCAAUGAUGAGCCAACAGCACAGAUAAGGCGCCGUACCAUUAACACUCCGCGACGGAACGUUUCAAUUCCGCAACCAGUGUUUGACAAUUUAGCUUCGCACGAUAAUGGUGUUGCACCUGUUGUUUUGGCACCUGCUGUUCCACCACAUCUUGCUCCAUUUGUCAUUGACAAUGGACCGUUUGGAUUGUCCCCAUUCCAGCUUGGAGUUUCACAUGCCCCAACACCAAUUCAUUGGAUAUCUUUCUCUGAAAAUGCAGUGCAAUGUCGGAACGACGAGCUUUACAUGGAUUGGUUUAUCAAUGCCAUGCCUUGGGAUCUCGUCAUCAGCGGCAAGAGGAUGGUGGAUAGUUUCCGUGAGGAUGGUGAGAUGACUUACUACACUGUCGAUGCUGGAGUUCGCAUGUUCAAUGAGAAGGAGAUGGUCAUGAUGCAAGGCAUUGGAUACGGCAUGUGGCGUUGCAUGGUUCUUGCUAACUUUGCGGUUUAGUUCCUCUCGACGCCUGGAGAUUAUGAUCUGGAAACUGCUGUGAAAAUGUUCUUGCCUAGUAGGGUGGGGUUCUCACCGGCAACGUGCCGCAUGAUAAUGGCGCCUGUGUUACUUGAUGACUCGAGAGCUUGGUGCCUCUAUGCCUUCGACAUGCAUGCCAAGAUACUGAACAUACUGGACCCAGUCCAUACUCUUCAGGAUCGGGAAGUGAUGGCUGGCCUGCAUGCUGCUAACGCAGACCUACUCCUUGCUGGAUUAGGGGAGGUUGGCCUUGCCCUGGUUGAAGGGUUUACUAUUAACAGGGAUGAGUGGGACAUUGAAUACAACAUCGGCAUAAACAACCCUUGCUCUAUCAAUGAAUCUGGUGUGUACUUGUUCCAUUAUGCAAGGAACUUCACUGGAGCCAACCUAGCUGAACAGAUUGAUGAGGAUGGGCUGGUCGUCCUCCGGAAGAAGUUGUUCUAUGACAUCAUGGCGAUGGACGGCAAUGCGGGGGAGACGCCAGGUUUCAUGGAGCGGUGAUGACUCAAUACAUAUAACUGAACCAGUGUGUGGCAAUGAGCAACCAUCGUAUUUUUGUUUUGCAGAAGUGUGACGCGUUCUUAUUAGCUAGUUUUAUAGCUAGAAAUGUGAUGCUUCCAAAAACAAGGGUUGGGGUCAUCCGCAUGUGGCUGG